AUGUACCUACAGGCUGUAUACUAUAGCCCUGUAUGGCAGGCCGGCGGGUAUUCGGAGUCCAUCGGCAAUGCAUGGAAGCCUUCCCGCGCCCUCCCCUCAAACCAGAGUUGUUUCCUUAAAUCUCAUUCAUCAAGGCGAAUAAGGCAGUCAAACCAUGUACAAGUUUCUUCCUGUACCAGGCCCCCCUUCUCGUGCACCCCUGACCUUGUCAGUGGAGUAGCUCUUUACGGCCGUUUCACAAUAGUAGCGAAGAUUUUGCAGCAGCACUCUCCGCUGCCAAGUCGUGCGUAUUUGCAUGAUCAAGUGUGGGGUAAAUAUACGGUCAAAUUUGCCACAAGAAUCGAGGUCUCGAAGUUGGUACCAAACAUUAAGUUGUCUUUUUAUGGUCUCGAAACUCCUCGCCAACGCAUAGAGCUCCGUAUGCGCACACAAAAGCCACUACCGCUAGGAAAGAAAGCAUAUGAAGCUCAAGUCGCGAUGGGGUACUGGACCUCAGAAUAUGAGGCACCGGAUAUGCUGAGAGCGACCAAAGCAGUCAGGAUUUUUCCAAAUGCACCUGUAGGUAACAAGACGCUGUGUAACAAGCCACCGACAGAAGAGCUGUUAUCAAAUCCUGCAUUCCAAGCAGGCAUGCUUGGAGCUGCUGCUGCAAAUGCGGCACCCAGAGCCUGA